CAGUUAUGUGGCGAUCCUGCCCAAUGUGGCACUGGGUGAGAUCGAGGUACUCCUUUGUGACAUCCUCGCAGACCUUUGUGACGUGCAUGGUCAACAUGUCGUCCCUCACCUUUGGCGAUUGUUUCGCGCGUAUUUGGAAGAUCCAACGAAUUGGUAUUCCUGCCUUCUGGCCUUGGCGCUCCUCACUAGGAUCUCGUCUGAGCUGAGUGGUCGACUCCUUCAUACUGAUGCAGCACUUUGUGUCUUCGAUGUGUUGAAGGAGGUCCAAAUGCAGUUGACGCGACAACGCGAGGAAGUGCUGGCGGCUACUGGUCGGAUGACUCGUCUUCAUUUGCCACAAGUCCCGCAGCCAGUCGCGACUCCAUCGACGGCAUCACGAAACCUGGGCAUGGACUGGACUCCACCCUCCUGGUCUCCAGUGGAGGAGCCCAAAGUUGAUGAGUCUCUUGGGGAGGAUCACCCACUCUCCGUCCCAUCAGAGAUGCCACACUGCUCGAGUGCUUCGGAUGAACGUGAGCCACCUGAGACUGGAUCAGGUGCAAGUCCAACCUCUAGUGUACCUCCAUCCUUGUCCAUUGAUGUCAUGGACCUGGCGGCUCCCCUGCGGUGGCCGAUGCAAGCCAUAAAAGGAUCUCUGGGGCUGGGUCGGCCCUCGGUACCCCCGUUGAACCUCGAUGCCGCCAAGUUGGUGGCGGGAGAUCCUCGCGAUGCUCCCAGCACCACACAGAGAUUGAAGACACUCUCGAGUUCCAGAUUGUCACGGAGGCUAAAGAUGGAGGCUCAGCGAACGCCAGCUCCAAACCAUUGUUUUUUCUCCUGUACAACUGCGAGCAACAAUUUCGGUGAUGUUUUUAUGGAGAGUGGCCGCUUCACGGUGACCCCCUUUGUGGGACUGCAGAACCCUUUGUUGGCGAGGAAACCAAAUUUCGGAGGCCCGAAGGUUCAAGCAGGCGAUGACCUUGCGAAGAUGCUCGGGGAAGCUGCACUGCUGGCGGAUUUGGGGCCGCUGCUGCGGAUGAAGCAGGAGAAGGCUGUGCAAGAAGCAGUGGAAAAACGAAGUGUGAGCAGCAACGGCACCAGCGGCUCGGAGGCGCAGCAAACCACCGCCUCCUUGGCCAAUCGCAUCGCUUCACAGGAGAGCUUGCUGUCUGCAUUUUCAGGGACCCCUCGAGAUGCACAGGUGACAGCGCGCCGACCCGCACCCUACCGGCGGAUUCGUUUGCACGCCUGUUUGGUGCUGGAGGGCCUUUGCCAAUGCAUACCUUCUGGCAGUGCUGCCUUCUUUGAGGUGCCGGUGAGCGAAAUCUUUGAGAUGCUGCAGUCCUCCUGCUCCAGGGCUGGGGCCUGUUCUUUCAGCUUGGAUGAUCAACCUGUCCAGCUGCCAAUUCAGGCUCCCAGCGUGGUUGACCUUCUACCAGUGGCGCGGCUCGAGAGGUUGCAGCGGCUGGCGGGAAGGCUUUGCGUCAGUUCACGCUGUGUGUGCGGUGCUGACAACGGCCGCGACAAUGAUGCCUGCAGUCCUUGCACCUGCUUGGACGAUCCGACUGCCUCGUGUUUGUGGCAAUUGCUAGCUGAGCAUGGCAGACAGGUUGAUAUCAAGGUGGCUAAAGCUGCGCCCACGCCUCCCAGCUGUCGGAUGGAAGAAGUCCAGGAAGUCAACUUUGAUGAUCCUGCCGAGCGAUCGGCACCCAGUCAUUUCCCACCGCACGGUUUCGGCAAGUGGCAGUGGCACCAGAGGCUUGGUAUGGACAGCUUCCUCAAGAUGCUGGCCACAUCUUUGACCCAGUCUCUCCAGCACCGGUUGAGUGCCACGUUGCGCCUGACGGCGCGGUACCUGCGGACGUCGACGCCGUCGCCACGGCUGGUCCUGGCGCAUCGGGUGUUGUCGACGCCGCUGGCGGCGCUGAAGACCUACCUGGCCAGCGGCAUGGCGGAGCUGGACCGUGGCGAACGUGGCGGAACCAAUGCAGGUGCCACAAGGGCCGUUGUUUGUUUUGCGGAAGCGCUGGUGGGGAUCAUGCUGCUGGGUGUGAGAUCUUCCGGUGGAGUGCAAGGGCAGCUGGGUCAUUUGCUGCUGGUGCUGCUAUUGGACUUCCCGGUGCCCUUGCACCGCAAGGGUCCACCACUGUCCAGUCGUCCGGCCAACUCCCUGCAGUUCAAGGGAUUGCCAAGUACACCGAUGUCCACUGAGCCGGACGCGCCCACAGCAUCCCUUCCUUCGCUGCCAAGCGGUUUCUUGGCGCUGUGCUCCGCACCUUUGCGCCCUUCACCAAGGAUGCCUCCCAUGGCUUCUCUAAAGGUCUCAAGCCUUUGGGACUGCCUUCCCAAGAUCUUCGAACGAGUGCUGAAGCAAAAAAGUGAUCUAGGCAUGGCUGGAAUGGCUGGAAUGGCUGGAAUGGCUGAAAGAUGGCCAGCUUGUUGA